UCGUAUCGAGACACAACUGCGAUCCCUUAAAAUGCUUGGUGUUACUAUGGAUAAGUGUGCUUCAAUGCUCUACCCUUUAGUUGAAUCUAGCUUACCGACUGAUCUUUUGAGAAUUUGGGAAAGACACCUAAAUUCGAUGCUACUCAAAUCUGGAAGAGAGAAUUUCAACAAAUUAGAAACUCUGAUGCAGUUUUUGCGUAACGAAAUUGAAAGUGAGGAGAAAAUUUCCUUAGCCACAAGUGGGUUUGGCUUUCAGAUCAAAACCAAGAAGGUUGUAAAGGUAAAAUUAAGGCUACCUCUUCCUAUAAUAAGACUGUACCAACUGGAAUGGGUAUCUCCCAACAACACUUCUGUUGGUGAAGGUGACGGCACCUCCACAGUAUGUGAUCAGGCAUUGGCUAAUGUGUCAUCAACUCCACUUGUCUUGCUACAGACUUUGGUUGUGAUUCUGAGGGGAGAGGAAAGGUGUCUCAAAAUCCGUGCAAUUAUUGAUACUGCCUCUCAGAGGUCCUAUAUCUUGAAGAGCACUGCGGAAAGAGUCGAUUACCAACCAACGAGAAAGGAAAAUCUGAAACAUUUGUUGUUUGGAGGUUCUUGUAUGGAUAUUUGCGAACAUGAUGUGUACAAGGUACAUCUCUCGUGCAUAGACGAUAAAUAUCGUUGUAAUUUUGAUGUCUUGGACCAAUCGACCAUUUGUUUAACCAUGCCCCCAGUUUCCCAGGAACUGGGUCAGGACGAGUUAUCAAAUAUGGGGAUAUCCUUGAGCGAUUGUCAAGGUCCCAUCGAACUGCUCAUAGGAGCAGAUGUUGCUGGCAAACUGAUGACGGGAGGAAUCCAGAGACUCAAAUUGGGAUUAACUGCUAUUGAAACGAAACUGGGUUGGACGAUCUUAGGACAUGCAAAGGAGCAUUCUGUACUAACUGAAGACUUGAUUGUCACUUCGAUGUUAAUUGGAGAUUUGCGAAUUCCUGAUCUUUGGGAAUUAGAUAUUCUUGGAAUAAAGGACCCUGCCGAAAAACAAUCAAAGGAGGAACUGGAACAAGCAUCUAUCGAACAUUUUGAAAGGACACUGAAGAGAGACAGUGAUGGUCGGUAUAUGGUAUCCUUGCCUUGGAUAGAAGGUUGCCAAGCUCUACCAAAUAAUAAGGUUCUAGCCGAGCGAAGAUUAAGAUCAGCAGUGAAGACUUUACAAAAGAAGGGCCUGGUUGAUGCCUAUGAGGGAGUCUUCGAGCAAUGGCUUGAAGAUCAAAUAAUAGAAGAAGUGAAAAACGUUAAAGUGAAGGAGACCAACUGUCAUUACCUUCCACAUAGAGCUGUCAUCAAAGAGCAUUCCACGACGAAGAUUCGUCCAGUCUUCGACGCCUCCGCUAAAGAAAGGGGCAACGUCUCCUUAAAUGAUUGUUUAGCAAAAGGUCCUAACUACAUUGAACUAAUACCUAGUAUCCUGAAUAAAUUUCGAUUAUUUGAAUACGGAGUAAUAGCUGACAUUCGAAAGGCUUUUUUGCAGAUAGAGAUAAGUGAAGCGGAUCGCGACUUUCUCAGAUUUUUGUGGUGGGAGGGUGGCGACCCUGCGAAAUUGAAAGUUUUCAGACAUCGCAGGGUAGUAUUUGGAGUAAACUCGAGUCCUUUUCUCCUGGGAGCCACUCUAAAUUAUCACUUAAGCCAUGUUCCACAUCAUCUGCAAGAAACAGCUUUAAAACUUAAGAAAUUGAUGUAUGUUGAUAACUGCAUUAUGAGUUGUCAGUCCAAGGAGGAGCUGAUGGAUUUUAUAAGGCAGUCUAGAGAAAUCAUGCGUUUAGCAUGCUUUGAUUUAAGAGGUUGGUUAUACAAUGGUAUACAAACAGAGACGUCACUGGUUUGCGACGGCGAUGAAAGGACAUUGGGAACUUUAGAAAUCCAGCCCUAUGAAAUAGUCAGUGUGCUAGGAUUGAAUUGGGAUAUUUCAGAGGACGUUUUAUACUGUAAUGCAAACUUUAGAGUACCUAACGAUGAAAUUUUAACAAAAAGAGUGGUUCUGUCAUUGGCGAGUCAACUUUUUGAUCCAGUUGGAUUCCUUUCUCCAGUGACGUUAAUACCAACACUUCUGAUGCAAGAGUGUUGGAAAAGAAAGUUAGCUUGGGACACUCCAUUACUGCACGACUUAGAAAGAAGAUUGUUAAGGUGGAUAAAAGAAUUAAAAUUUUUGAAAGAAGUGAAAAUUCCUAGGAUAGUAAAUGACUAUAGUGCAGCUGUCCAAUUUUCAUUUUAUGUAUUUUGUGAUGCGUCACAGUACUCGUAUGCCACUUGUAUCUAUCUCAGACAGCAAGAUGCUUGCAACGUAAAAUGGCGGUUGAUCCAGGCUCGUACUUGUGUUGUUCCUCUGAAGUCCAUAUCAAUUUCUAGGCUUGAACUUUUAGCCUGUUUAUUAGGUGUCAGAAUGAUGAACUCUAUUAAAGGGGACUUUCCACUUGAACGAAUCUCAACUCUUUUUUGGACUGAUUCCGUGAAUGUUUUAUAUUGGAUCAAGAAUCAGGAAUGUUGGGCUACGUUUGUUAUGAAUAGAGUAAAUGAAAUUAGAUCUUUAAGUAGUCCAGAUGACUGGAAUCAUGUACCAGGGCAUUUAAACCCCGCAGACCUCCCAUCGCGGGGUUGUAAUGCAAGAAUUUUGGCCGAUUCGCACUGGUGGGAGACACUUCAAUUUCCAAGCUUGCUGGUAGAAGAAUGGCCUCGGCAGCAAGAAAUGCCGGACAUGGAGAUAGUGAGCUCUGAAAGGAAAAAAUCUGUGAUUUCUGCGCUGGAUGUAGAGAAAGCAGAAAGGUUUUAUGAGAAUUAUUCCAUUUACUGGAAAAUAUUACAAAUAACGGCUUGGAUAUACCGGUUUGUCUCAAAUCUCAAAGGAAAAUCUGUUAGAAUGUCUGGAGGGCUUACAGUAAACAAAAUAAGGCACACUGAAUUAGUGUUAUUGAAACUGAUUCAAAGAGAAGAAUUUCCAAAGGGAAUAAAUAAUCGUUUGCGAAAAUUAAACUCGGUGAUGGACAAGGAAGGCCUUUUGAGAGUAAAGACACUUGUAUUCAGAAGUAAAGAUAGUGAAGAUUUCCAUUUACCCAUUAUCUUGCCUGGGAAUCACUAUAUUGUACAGAAAUUAAUAGAGUGGAAACACAAAGAAUUAAACCACGCUGGUGUUCAAAUUUUAAUGAAUCAUCUGCAUGAGAAAUACUGGAUACUAAGGUGCAGAAAAUAUAUUCUGCUUAUCACACUGCGAUGCUCUAGGUGUCGAAGAUUUGCUGUGUCUCCAGCCCACCCUUAAUCUCUGCCGUUGCCUGUGGAUCGCAUAAGAGAU